AUGAUCUUUCACUGCUACACGAACGAGCUUCCUGUUCUCUACUCCGACACACGCUCCUCCGACACACCGUGGCCACAAUACUUUCAAACAUUCAAGGACUGCGAGCCUGCCCCUGAACGACUCAUCCAACAUGCUUCUGAAAAGCUCGAUCGGCCCAGCUUUGGACGGCUCAUCAAGCGCUUUGCGCUGCUGGUCGAGCUCUACACCAUCGCAGACUUUCUGCUGCUUCCAGACCUCAAGCGACAAACGGCACUAGAUAUCCUUACCGGUUUCGAUAAGCUAUCCGAGGGAGUUCUCAACAACUUAUGGCACUUGUUUCUGUUCUUUCUAGAGCAUUGCUACGACCGUAUUCCUGAAACGGACUCCCACUUGAAGCCUUUGAUCACCGCUUGGGCGUUGUCAAGUUAUCAAGCAAGCAAGCACAAGCGAAAGGAGGAACUGCAGGACCUUGUCAAGCAGAAAGAUCAAGCAACCUGGUUGGCAAUCAAAUCUUUCUGGUUCCAUGUAGAUAGCUCUCGUUCUCCAAAGCAGAACUGGGAAGCCUUGAUGGAGGAAUGGUGA